AUGCCCUCAUCAAGAUGGCGCUGCGGCCGGGAUCAUCUGGAGGCGGCAGUUUCAUGUAUCCCGUCGGAGGGAGCUUGGGACCGCCGCAAGCUAUGGUGCCCAUGCAGGGGCCGGGGCCGGGGCCGGGGCCGGGGCAGGGGCAGGGGCAGGGGCAGGGGCAGGGCUUCCCAAUGGUCCAAGUCAUGCAGCCAAAUAUGCAAAGCAUGAUGGGAAUGAACUUCGGGGGACAGAUGCCUCCUGGAGCCAUGCCCAUGCAGGCCGGCAUGGCGAUCGGGAUGCAGACCCCCGGGAUGCCGUACUUGGCCCAGCCCCAGUUUAUCGGCAUGAGACCCGCCGGCCCGCCGUACACGGCCGACAUGCAGAAGCAAAUGGCCGAGGAGCACCAGAAGCGUCUGGAGCAGCAGCAGAAGAUGCUGGAGGAGGACAGGAAACGGCGGCAGUUCGAGGAGCAGAAGCAGAAGCUCAGGCUGCUCAGUAGCGUCAAACCUAAAACGGGGGAGAAGAGCCGGGACGACGCCUUGGAGGCGAUAAAGGGGAACCUGGACGGUUUCAGCCGGGAGGCCAAGAUGCACCCCACGCCGUCGUCGCAGAGCAAGAAGCCAGACUCGUCAUCAUCUUCAUCAUCAUCCUCCUCAUCAUCAUGCCACCCGUCUGUUGCCACUCCCUCUCUCCCCGCGCCUUUGUCUGAGGACAAUGAUGAAUUUAGCGACUUUCAAGGGCCUGCCUCUUCCAACCCUUCCUCCUCCUCCUCUUCCUCUGAGCCCCCUUCCUGCCGGACCGUCGUGGCCGCUUUGCCCGAGGAGGACGAGGAGUUUAGUGACUUUGUUCAAGGUCCCGUUGGUUCGGCACGCUCGCGCCUUCCCUCUCAAGUCCGCCCUUCCCUCCCUUCCUCUGUGUCCCUUCCCGCUGCCGCUCCUCCACACUCUGCCGUCAACAGCUGCUCUCAAACUUCAUUUCAAGGCCCAUCCCUGGAAGAGAAGCUUUUCUCCUCUUGCGACCUCACUGCUGGCAAGACGGCGCACUUGAACUUUAAAUCCAGGCAGACUUUGACGGAAAUGAGUCCCAGAGCUAGAGUUUCUGCCCAGUUUCAGAGCAGCAAUAAGGCCAGGAACUGGGCCACGGCCGCCCGGGACUUGAGUCUCGAGUCCGUCUUCGUCACAGAAAGGAUACCCGAGGCCUCCGGCGCGGCCCCGCCUGCUGCCGAGGCCUCCCCUCGAAGCGGUGAUGACAGCGCAGGUGUUGGUGUGUAUCCACAACAAGAGCACAUCCAGUCCAUCCCGCCAUCUUGGCUUUACAACGACAGCCUCAUCCCAGAGAUGUUCAAGAAGGUUCUGGAGUUCAGCAUGACUCCGGCCGGGAUCGACACUGCCAAACUGUACCCGCUGCUCAUGUCGUCGGGUCUCCCCCGGGAAGCCUUGGGCCAAAUCUGGGCAUCCGCCAACCGCACAACGCCUGGCAUGCUGACAAAGGAAGAGCUGUACACCGUGCUGGCCCUGAUUGGUGUGGCGCAGAGCGGCCUGCCUGCGAUGAACGUGGAAAUCCUCUGUCAGUUCCCUGCGCCGCCAGUGCCCAACCUACCGGCCCUCGCGAUGGCCUUGGCCCCCGUCAUGCCCCAGCACCAGCAACCCAUGAUGAGCCACCCGCCAGUCUCCAUGCCCAUGCCCACACCGCCACCGACAGUCAUGCCCCCCAUGAUGGCGGCUGCGGCGCCCGCCAACUUCGCCAGUUUUCCUCCUGCUCAGGGGAAUAAAGUGGAAGACGAUGACUUCCAGGAUUUCCAGGAGGCUCCCAAGGCUGGAACCGGCGACCAGGCGUUCACAGACUUUCAGGGGCAGUCGAGUGCAAGUUUCCCUGGCGGCAAAGCGGCGCAGCAUCAAAAGAGUGCACCGGCCAUGUUGACACCUCUGUCCGGUGUCUCCUCUGAUAAGUACGCUGUCUUCAAGCAGCUGUCUGUGGAUCAGCCCGCAGAAGUCACGCCCCCUACCUCAGAUGGAGGAGACAAAUACAGUGUGUUUAGACACCUAGAAAAUCCUGCUGACAAGAAACCACUAGGCGAAGGAUUCGCCAAUUUCAAGUCUGUCCGAACCGACGACGGCUUCACGGACUUUAAAACCGCCGACAGCGUCUCUCCACUAGAGCCCUCGGAGCAGACCAAGAUCUUCCAGCCCUUUCCAUCUGCUUUCCCCAACUCUCCGUCUCUACAACAACAGCCACCCCCGGCCGUUUCUAUUACUCAAACCAAAAAUCCUCUCAACAUGGCAGACCUGGAUCUUUUCUCCCCUCUCGCUCCAUCUGUCCUGCCCGCCGCCGACACGCAAACUGGCGCCUUGCCCCCCUUUCUGGUGCUCCCGUCAGGUGGAGCCAAGCCUAGUGGCUCUGUGGAAUUUGCCCCGUUUCGCUCUUCGUCCUCGGACGCCGCCCAAGCUCCGGUGGCGGUGCCACAGGACGACUUUGCCGACUUCAUGGCGUUCGGGAGCUCAGGCGGGGAGGCCAAAAGCGAGAGUGGCGCAGCGGUUCACAGCGAGACCUCCUCUCAGCAGAUCUCGGACAAGUAUGACGUGUUCAAGCAGCUGUCUUUGGAGGGCGGCGGCCUGGCCUACGACGACGCCAAGGACAGCGGCGACGAUUUCGCCGACUUCCAUUCGUCCAAAUUCUGCACGGCGCUCGGCGCCUCGGAAAAGACCCUGGUUGACAAGCUGGCCUCCUUCAAGCAGGGCAAGGAGGACUGCGCCUCGGUCAAGUCCCUGGACCUCCCGUCCAUCGGGGGCAGCAGCGCCGGGAAGGACGACUCUGAGGACGCGCUGUCGGUGCAGCUGGACAUGAAGCUCACUGACGUGGGCGGGGACUUGAAGCACGUGAUGUCGGACAGCUCGCUGGAUCUGACGGGGCUCUCGUCCCAGCAGCCGCCUGCUACAGAGGGAGACGACAUGAAAUUUGACCCGUUUGGGACCUCGGCACUCAGCAGCCUGGCCGAUUACGAUUGGUCGGAGCGAGCGGAGUGCGUCACCGGCGAGCUCCAUAAGCCGCAGGGCCACGAGGGUGCCGCCGCUCCGCCUUUAAUGCCCGCUGAAAAUGCCCAGCUGAAUUCGCCCGCCAAGUUCGCCUCGUCCUUCCGUACCGAGGGUGACAAGUUUGAAGCCUUUGCCGACUUUGCCGGUCGGGAACAGCGGGACGGCGAAGCCGAAGACGACUUCGGGGACUUCGCCGGCACCGAUUCAGAGAAGGCCGAUUCCCCCGCCGAGGCCGGCCCUGAGGCCACCCCGGGCGAGACCUCGGACGACUUUGGCGCCUUCCAGGGAGACAAGCCGAAGUUUGGCAAGUCUGACUUCCUGAAGGCUAGCGCUCAGCCCAAUGUCAAAUCCAGCGAGGAGAUGAUCAAGAACGAGCUGGCCACAUUUGACUUGUCUGUUCAAGGCUCCCACAAGCGCAGUCACAGCCUGGGAGAGAAGGAGAUCGGCCUCUCGCCGCAGUCGCUGCUUCCGGAGCAGCCGUUCCGAGACCGAUCCAGCACCCUGAGCGAGAAGCCCACCUUGCCCGUCAUCCGGGACAAGUACAAGGACCUCACUGGGGAGGUGGAGGAGAGCGAGCGCUAUGCGUACGAGUGGCAGAGGUGUUUGGAAAGUGCUCUUGAGGUCAUCACCAAGGCCAACAAUACGCUGAACGGCAUCAGCAGCUCCUCCGUGUGCACGGAGGUCAUCCUUUCUGCUCAGGGCAUGGAGUAUCUGCUGGGUGUGGUCGAAGUGUACCGCGUGACCAGGCGCGUGGAGCUGGGCGUCAAGGCAACGGCGGUGUGCUCGGAGAAGCUGCAGCAGUUGCUGAAGGACAUCAGCCGCGUGUGGAACAACCUCACCAGCUUCAUGUCGCUGGCCAAGCUGGUGCCUGAUGAAAGCUCCCUGGAUUUCACCUCCUGCGUUCUGCGGCACGGCAUCAAGAACGCCAAGGAGUUGGCGUGCGGGGUGUGCCUGCUCAACGUCGACUCUCGCAGCAAGAUGAAAGAAGGAGGCACGCUCGGACGGCUUUUGAAACGAGCGUUGACGCCAGAAAGUGUUCGGAGGUCCACGGCGUUCAACUCGGAGACGGACAACUUCAAGCUGGCGUACGGCGGGCACCAGUAUCACGCCAGCUGCGCCAACUUCUGGAUCAACUGCGUGGAACCCAAACCGCCUGGACUCAUCCUGCCGGACCUGCUCUGAACUCGCAACUUUUGCAUUUUUUAUUUAUUCCUUCAUUCAUUUGGUCACAAAAUGGAUGCCGACUUGAAUGUUUUAAAUGUCACUUUCAAUAUUCUUAAAUCUUCUUGGCUGGAAGACACCUUUAUUUUUUAGUUUUGAACGUGCCCCUGUGUAUUUAACUGUUGUACAUUUUAACUAAUCAGAGGCUGGGAUUUAUUUAGGCCAUCCAAAGGGAAACAUUUAAUUUAAUCGUUUUUUGUGUUGUUAAUGUGUGACGUGAAUGUGAUGCAAAUAAACAAAUGCAGCAGUUUC